AUGCCGGCGCCGGGCUUCUCAGGCGUGCCCGCAGGACACCCCUUCGCGCAGUCCUCCGUCUCGGUCCCGGGCGUACCGACCACAUCUCCGAAGCGGAAACCGUCCGUCCCCGAACCGGCCAAGCGACCCCACAAGCCUGACGCCGCCAAGGCCGCCGGCGGUGGAGACAAGGCGAAGCCCCAGCCCCCACAGAAGGAGAAGAAGGACCAACCCGCCAAACCAGCCCAGAUCGGACGACAGCCGUCUGUGCCCGGCAAAGCGGCGGGGACCAAGUUCACCCCGCCCUGGAGCUUCACGUCGACCGAGCCCGAGUUCCCGCCCCUGCCCCCGCGUCAGGCGAGUAUGAGCCGCACAAUGCUCAUGGCCGAGUUGGAUCCGGCCCCACCAGCAGCUGCGACCGCUGUGGCCGUGACAGUGACGGAGCCCGAGGAGAAGAAGCGCGGCUGGACGAAAGUGAAGCGCGCACUGACGGGGGGCAACUUCCGCCGCUCUGGCAGAAAACCGAAGAAACUCGAGCUGGACCUGGAUGGACUGGGCAAACUCGACUUUGGCGAGCGGGACCGGCUCAGCCCACUGCCGCCUGUGCCGCCCGAGAAGUUGGACAUGACGCCGCGCGAAAUCGAGAUGAGUGGCGGAGGGCACGGGAGGAGGUGGGAGGCGCCCAUGAGUGCUGGAUACAAUGUGCCCAGUGUGUAUGCCGGCAUGCCGGGCGGGAGCCACUAUGACCUGCGCACUAGCACUAUUGGGUACUUUCCUGGCCACUUGGUCGCCAGCGCCGUCGAUGUUGGUGCCGUUGGAGGGUUGAAGGGGAGCCGGACGCUGAGCGGCGUCAAGGGUGGCGCAUGGUAG